CUCGCAGCCAAACCCACCUCCCCACCAACAGAAAAAUCAUUGAGGUAGGGGGGUUUUGUUUCCGUAGAGACGUGGGGGUCGGGGAAACGGGAGUGGAAAUACCUAGCUAGGUAGCUCAGCUGCUUACUUCGUCGGGAUCCGAACCUGUUAAACCUCUGUUCUGGUUCCGGAUCUUUUCUGUGAGUUGACGAGAUUCUAUCCGUACUUGAUCAGAUCAUGAAACCCGCGCGCCUGGUUGUUCGUCGACUGGCGGAGCCGCUAGUCCGGCCUGCUCGAUGCAACCGUCUUCGAUUAUUUACCACAGCGUCAUCUCGCCCGUCACCUGCCGCUGCCGCCGCCGCCAUCCAACAGCAGCCACCUGAUCAUCCCCCAUUUCCCAUUCCCAUUCCCGGGCCAAACCCUGUUAGGCACGAAGCUCCUGCUCCCGCUCCUGCUCCUACUCCGACCCCGAAGAAUGUUCUCCGCGAUGCCGUGUCUGCGACCCGGCCGAGGAACAACUGGACUAGGGAUGAGAUAGCAGUGAUUUACAACCAUCCGCUGAUGGACCUAGUGCACCAAGCUAGCCUAGUCCACCGACGUUUCCAUGACCCGGCCGAAGUCCAGCUCUGCACCCUCAUGAACAUCAAGACUGGAGGUUGCACAGAAGACUGCUCAUACUGCGCCCAAUCAACGCGGUACCAGAAAGGGACUGGCCUACAAGCGAAAAAGGUCGAGUCUGUCGAAUCAGUGCUCGAAGCAGCGCGGACUGCCGCGGCGAACGGGAGCACCCGGUUCUGCAUGGGGGCCGCGUGGCGAGACAUGCGAGGGCGCAAGAACAGUCUGCGCAACAUCGCGGCGAUGAUCAAGGGCGUGCGCGAGCUGGGCAUGGAAGCCUGCGUGACACUGGGUAUGAUCGACGGCGAGCAGGCGAAGGAGCUAGCCGCCGCGGGCCUGACGGCCUACAACCACAACGUGGACACGAGCCGGGAGUUCUACCCCUCCGUUAUUUCUACGCGCACGUAUGAUGAGCGUCUGCAGACUCUGGGCCAUGUGCGCGAUGCCGGGAUUAACGUGUGUUCGGGUGGGAUUUUGGGGCUGGGUGAGACAAGCACGGAUCGGGUUGGUCUGUUACAUACUGUGUCAACUCUACCGAAGCACCCCGAAAGCUUCCCCGUGAAUGCCCUGGUGCCUAUUAAGGGAACUCCUCUAGGACAUCGAGACCCGAUUGAUUUUCCGAGUAUGCUGCGUACUAUUGCUACUGCCCGCAUCAUUAUGCCUGCUACUAUCGUCCGGAUCGCGGCUGGUAGGAAGAAUAUGGCAGAGGAGAAGCAAGCUCUUUGUUUCAUGGCCGGCGCCAAUGCCAUCUUUACUGGUGAGAAGAUGCUGACGACGGAGUGCAAUGGCUAUGAUGAGGAUAAGGAGAUGUUCGACCGCUGGGGGUUGGGUCCAAUGAAGAGUUUUGACAAGUCUCCGCCACCUGCAACUGGCGGUAGUUCGUAGAUGCUCGUACUUAGACUAUGUUUAGUUUAAAAGACUUCAAUUUUAGAUUGCGGGUGCUAGAGCCGAGGCUUAUCUUGUUUGGUG